CAACAACACUUUAACAAGAAGUCGUCUGCAGAGUCGGAAUUUCAUAUAGACCCCUUCUUUCAAUCGAGAUGGCAUCACCUUUGAGCGUAUCACUUCGUGCUCUACGACAAACCAACAGCCGCCGCUCCGUCACCUCUUUCCGUCGCGCAUUUGCUUCCUCACCACCACCCGCCGGCGACGCCCUCAAGCCCGUAUCCGGUCACGUUAACUUCUACAAAACAUUCGCCCACCCAAUCGCAAAGGUCCUCCUCCUGGCAACAUUCACAUACCAACUAUCGUACUACUUCUGGGUGAAGUUGGAAAAGGACGAGAUCAAGUCGGAGCGACAAAAUGAAAUUCUCCAACUCGAGAGUCAGCUGCAGGCUGCCCUAGCGAAACCCAAGCAACCGUGAUUGCCGAUUUGACUUUGAGCCUGCGGCCUGAGUAGGCAGUGUUAUGGAAAUAAUAGAGCCAGCUGGAGCUCAUUGGAUGUGAUAGGUAAUACCACGGCCGCAGAUACUGACCGGUCGGGGGGGAGGAUGCGGCCUAAUAAAGCUUGCUGUGAUGUAACCGCCUUCGCAGGUGAUAUAUAUCUGCUUCUAGAAGGGCUACGGGCUACGGAUAGGGCAUUAUACCGUGUGUACGAGUAGCAGGGACAUUGUACGAUAUGAACGGCAGACUGUAAUAUUGUCCAGGUCAAGCCACGCCUCACCUGUAGGCUGUAUAACUAAGCUCUAGAUGGCUUGUGUAUUUAUAGCGAUAACCCGU